UUUUCCGUUAACUUAUGAUUUUUUUUUUCUACAACUAAGUGCAUAUGUUUUAUUUACUCCACUACCUUCUAAUAUUUAUUAGAAGUUCAUAUUUCUUGGUUCUGUUAGCUGGUUCUUCCCUCAUUCCCCGCCCCCUAAUGCUUAGGAUUGAUUUUUUGAAACCAUUUUUUUUCUGAAUGUGAAAGUAUUGGAUCAGAGAGCUAUUGACUGUAUUCAAGUUUUUGACGUUAAAUUAAAACUAGAGUUCUGAACUAGGACACCAAUACCACUCAGUUUCAGCAUGCAUACCACGGAAGUGCACAUGUCCACAAAUAUUGAGAUAUCAGACAUGGGUGGGAAAGGGAUGACCAUUUGAGACUAUGUGGAUAUCAUAUGUUCCAACUCUUACAUGUACUAAAUUGAAUCAUAAUGCCCAUUUAGGGCAAUGCUAUUGUGAAAGUACAUAAUGGAACUUGAAUUAUCAAUCUGUGAAAGACAUCAUAACUGAAAUGGCCUGAAAUAGAAGAAGAGUAAUGUGUGGUAAAAGUUUAUACUACAUAGAUUCAAUGCGUCGGUGGGUCCUUCAGUAUAAGUCAAUCAUGCAAGGACAAAUCCACUCCCACAAAGGCGGCUGCGUCUAAGUCUGUUUCUGUGCUGGUUCCUCGCUUGUAUGGUUGCAACAAAUCCAGACAACAGGACGUGGCGAUGGCAAUCCUACCUUGUUGGGGUCGUUGUGGGGUUUCAGGAUGUGUUUAAGAAAUGCAAGUCUUGUUUUUUGCAGUGUAAGCCCCAACGCUCAAAAGUUUCUUUGGCGCAGGAAUAUCUUGGAUCAUCCAAUUUCUUCCUGGCUGAUGGAUGGGCUAGUAUGACAUUCCUUUCCUGCAGUGCCCGAGCUUCCUCUUCUUAUGUUUUUUCAGAAGAGCUGAUCUGAUCUGCCAUGGCACCGCCAUUCCACAUUUCCCCAAGAGACCAUUGCUUUUCAUUCCUCAUGACCUUCGACCAGACUUCAUUUUCAGACAUGUCUCAAGGUAGAACCCUUGCUGAUCAUGUGGCCAGAGGCAGCAGAAUAGAUGGAGAAGGCACUCUAUGUUCGUUGACCUCCCAUGAGACACCACUUUUGGCUUCUUAUUCAUUGACAUCAUUUAGUUCAUGCUAAAGGCUUUGCGUUUGUCUAUAUGGAUGAUGAGCGAGAUGCUGAGGAUGCAGUUCGAGCACUCGACCGGACAGAAUUUGGUAGGCAGGGGCGCCGGCUUCGUGUUGAAUGGACAAAGCAAGAACGUAGUAUCAGAAGGCCUCCAGGGGGUUCAAGAAGAUCUGCAGCUAAUUUGAGACCCACUAAGACUUUGUUUGUUAUUAAUUUUGACCCUGUUCAUACUCGGACAAGGGACUUGGAGAAGCACUUUGAUCCAUAUGGAAAAAUACUGAAUAUAAGGAUCAGAAGGAAUUUUGCUUUCAUUCAGUAUGAAACACAAGAAGAUGCCACUAAAGCACUGGAUGCAACAAACACGAGCAAGUUGAGGGAUCGAGUUAUUUCUGUGGAAUAUGCUGCCCGAGAUGAUGUUGAAAAAAGAAAUGGGUACAGCCCUGAUAGACGCCGUGAUAGGUCACCUGAGAGGAGGAGCCGUGAUCGUGGGCGUUCACCGAGCCCUUACCGAAGAGAGAGAGGUAGUCCUGAUUAUGGCCGUGGACCCAGCCCAUAUGCUAGGCCUGAACGUCGUGACAGGUCACCUGAGAGGAGUCGUGAUAGGUCACCUGAGAGGGGUCGUGACAGGUCACCUGAGAGGAGGAGCCGUGAUCAUGAACAAUCGCCGAGCCCUUACCGAAGAGAGAGAGGUAGUCCUGAUUAUGGCCGUGGACCCAGCCCAUAUUAUAGGCCUGAACCAAGGGCGAGUCCUGAUCUUGGUACAACUGAAAGCCCUCUCUAUGAAAGAGAUGUCAGCCGAUCACCCCCAGCACGCGAAAGAUCUCAAUCUUGAGUGCACUAUUGGGUGUAAAAGAUUUAUUUGUUGUUCCCUCUGUCACAGAAGCCCAGAGGGGCCGACAUGAUAUCAGCAAUUUUCAUGGAGCAAUCUUGAACUGUAAGAUAUGCUUCUGAACUGGUGGAUAGGGAUAAUGUGGUGCAGAUCAUACUUUAGUUUUUCCUUAAUUUGAUUAGUUUUGAACGGAUUCUGUUAUCUUCUCAAAACCAUGUAAGGUGUACAAUGUUGUUCUCUUUUGCUUCACAAAAUUCUCUAAAACUCCCUAGAUUGGUUUUGGAAGAUGGGAAGUUAAA